AUGUCACCGCCACCGAGUCACCGGCCCCACCGCCACCGCCACCACCGCCUCCGAGCCCCUCUCCUCCACGACAUCGCAAACUGCAUUAUCGUGAAAACCCCACCUGGCUCGUCACCCGAACCGGUCUUUGCUGCGCUCGGCAAGCAGUUCCCCGCCGCACCCGGCGGUGCGAUGCCAGUUGUCAUCAAAGGACAACGCGGCCUUCGCUUCCAAAGAGGCCGACCUGCGCCAGCUUGUCGCUACGCGUCUUACCGUGGGUAA